UCAGGACUGGUUGCAUUGCGAGCCUCCGAUAAUCUCGACUGGCAAUGAAGCGCGUGACCGGUGGCACUUGUACAAUCGGAAGAGAACAGAGCAAAAGGUUCGCUUCUACCUGUAUAGUCUUCUACCGAAGUCGUUUGUCCAGCAGCUACGUGACACGACUGAUGGAAAAACUCCUGUGCAUGAGGUGUGGUCUGAAGUCGAAAGUCGCUACGGCACUUCGAAUGUUUCAUCUGUGACUGGUUAUAUGGGUCAAUUAAUUAAAACGGCUCAAAAACCUUUUGACAACAUCCAGUCAUGGUUUGGUGAGAUGAAGUCCCUCAAGAACCUGAUCAAUGCCCAAUCUCGUCAACACCUUGGUCGCGACAGUGUGACUGAUGACUUGAUCAUUUACAUGGCAUUGAAUGAACUACCCUCUCAGUUUUAUGGUCAAAAGAAGAAACAUGCAAUUUUGACCAUGGGAGGUCAAACUCCACGACCGGAUAUUCCGGCGUUUUCCAAGGCAACUCCAAAGAGCCGCAAGUGCUUCUACUGUGAAGGCAAAUACAACGUCAACGGCGUGGACCACAUGAAGUGGGAUUGCCCUAAGCGUCAGGAUGACUUUCGGCGAGACCGGGCGCGAAUUUCGAUUUUCGAAGAACCGCGGCGAAUCGAAGACGCGGUGCCCAAGGGUCGUGAUGUUCGCACCGAAGUGGCCUGUGGCGCCGUCGUGACGCGUGAAGAAGUGGCGUUGCCUGCAUCGCCUCCAAGCCGUCAAGAAUUUGACCUGCCGGACAUGUCUAUGGACGACAUGUUUUCGUGCCCUGAUGACAGCGAUAUGCUGUCCUAUUCUCUCGCGUUGGCUGUGGACACGACGUCCACUCCUCGUGUUGAGACGAUGGCGGCAUCCAUGCGUGAUCUGUCCGCAAAGAUGGACCAGUCGUGA